GCGGACGUCCCCAGUGAGGGACGGGUGUCAGGUCAGGUCAGGUCAGGUCGGUCCGACUCGGGACGGCGCUAUGGUGGCGGAACAGUCGGAUGAGGCCGAGGCCAGUCCGACGCGAUCAGUGGUCACGUCGCUCGUGUACGUUUCGCUGCUGCUGGACAACGUCCUCUUAUCGGCCGUCGUGCCGAUGAUGCCGGCGUUCCUGUCGGAGCUGAGCGGCGCGCCUCCGAGCGUCGCCGACAGCGCCGACGCGGCGCACACGGCGCAGACGCUCCUCUUCACCCACCUCUUCAGCAACCUGUCCAGCAGCGGCGACGGGCGCACCAUGCUGCGCAGCCGCACCUCCGUGCUGCCGGACUACUUCCCGCCGGACCGGGACGCCAGCUCUGAGCCGAACGUCUCGGCAGCGGUCGAGACACUCACCCCGGCUCGUCCUCCGACCGCGCUCGCUGCCCCGGCCGGGCCGGACCCGGGGCAGCCGCCGGUCACCCCGACCGCUCCGGACGGGGACCGGGAGCUGGCCGGGGAGCUGGCGCGCCGGCAGGACGGCCGCAUCGGCGUGCUGCUCUCCUCCAAGGCGUUCGUGCAGCUGCUGGCCAACGGCGUGGUGGGCGCCGCCGUGGCCCGGGUCGGCUUUCGUCUGCCACUGGUGUUCGGAGUGGCCGUGCUGGCGCUCUCGGCCUUCUUGUUCGCCGUGGCCUCGGGCGUUUCGGCCCUGUUUCUGGCGCGCGCUAUUCAGGGCGUGGGAUCCUCCUGCAUCGCCGUGUCAGGCCUCUCGACCGUGGCCGACCUGUACCCGAACGAGCGCGAGCGGUCGCGGGUGAUGGGCCGCGUGCUGGGCGCCAUGGCUGUCGGCGUGCUCAUCGGCUACCCGUUCGGAGGGCUCAGCUACGACCUGAUGGGCAAGGCGCCGCCCUUCUGGCUCCUGACGCUCGUACUCAUCGGAUUGCUAGUGAUCCAGUACCGCCAGCUGCGCCCGCUGCCGGUCACCGAGCUGCCGGAGGAGGAGGAGGGCGAGGAGGAGGGCUCGUCGCCGGCCUGGUGGAGGCUGCUGCGGGACCGGCGCGUCUGCAUCGUCACCGCCGCCGUGGGCAUCUCCACCUCCGUGAUGGCCAUCCUGGAGCCCACGCUGCCGGCCUGGCUGAUGCGCACCAUACACCCGCAGAAGUGGCAGCUCGGCUCGGUAUUCAUCCCCGACAGCCUGGGCUACCUGAUCGGCACCCACGGCUUCGGCGUGAUCGCGCUGCGCCUGGGCCGCUGGCGGACGGCCGCCGCCGCCAUGAUGACGGUCGGCACCGCCGCCAUGCUGCUGCCGCAGUCGACCCGGAUGGUGCACCUGAUCCUGCCGCACUUCUGCAUCGGGCUCGGCAUCGGCAUCGUGGACGCGUCUCUGAUGCCGCUGCUGGCCCGGCUGGUGGAGCGGCACGGCCUGAUGGACGGCUACGGCGCCGUCUACGCCCUCUCCCAGACGGCCGUCUGCCUCGCCUACUCCGUGGGUCCGUUUGUCGGGGGCUACCUGGCCAGCAGCGUCGGGUUCGGCUGGCUGCUGGCGAUCCUGGGCCUGCUGAACCUGCUGUUCACACCGUGGCUGGUGCUGCUGCGCGAGCUGCCGGCGCCGCUCCACUCUGACCAGGAGCGGGACUGUCCGACUCGGCCACUCACCGGCCGGGGGAGACGCGCACCGCACAUCGCUGACCUGGACGGACUCAGCUUCAGCUACACGCAGAUGUCGGAGGGUUGAACUUCAGCUUCAGCUACAC